AUGGUUCUUGACGCCGGUGAGGCCUCUGGCCGCCGGCGUCAAGUUCGUGUUCGUCCUUCUCGCUCUCUUUUUCAUCUCGGUUGUGUCUCCAUCUUAUGCUCAAGCUUCUGGGUCGUUUCCGCCGUCUAUGUCGCCACGCUUGUUCUUCUCGACGUCGCCUCCCCGUAUGAUCCUCUUCUAGUCACAGCUCCUCGCCGCAGGCCGAGAGGGAGAACCAUAUCUGCUCAACCCGUGAGGAAGCUCGAGCUCACCGGAUCUCUGGAACGAGUCAUCUCCGGAAAUGAAGCCAUGGCCACACUAACCUCUCACCGUCGAGACUCGCCAGAUCUACCGUCGUCACGUUUCCGGGAGGGAUUCAACUUCAGCAACUCAUCCUCUCAAGAGCUAAUGAGUUCGGAUAAGCUCAGCUUGGGUUUUGUUCUUGUCCGUGCAACGCCUUUUCCAGAUCUGUGCACGACAUUGCUUAAGAAGAACUCCACCGCCUCAGUCUGCGGUCUUGAACCCACCAGAGAGGUCCCAUUAUUCGGAUGCUCCCGGAAAUCUUCACCCCUCGACUUUCACUCGGUUUGUUCCCCUCUUCUUCGAUCCAGAUCCGCUACCACAGUUGAGUGUAAAGAGCUCUCUGUAAAAGGUUUCGCUCCUCCUCCCAUACUGCAAGUCACCACCGCCACCCACAUAGUCGUGAUGCUCUUCACUCUCCCGCCGGAGAUGGUUCCCACUAUCUCCGUUGAAUCUUUUGUGUCCGGUCCGCGACUGUUACUCGAUCUCAUCCAACCCCUAUGUCGCAUCGCUGAGACUCUACAGGGCUUUGACCAUCUUUUGGGCUUUGGUUUGUUCGCAGAAUCUUCUGUCGUGAAGUUUUCGUUUAAAGCGACGAUCCCUCCAAAGAUUUGUCUCAGAUUUAACAUUGUUCUAGUCAACUGCCACAAUGUCUCCUUAAUCUAUUGUGCAAAAGUGUGGAUUCGCAUGAUUUGCUCCCGCUGUGUCUCCAUCACACUACACCGUCUCAAGCAUCGACAGUUCUUCACAGAAUCGACCUUACAGUCUUUCCAUCCCUUUCCUCUCUGUCAAAACUAUUGUGCAAGAGUGUGAACGCGCCAGAUCCUCUCGUUACUAUGUCACCGUUGCGUCUCCAUCACAAUACGCCGUCUCAAGCAUCGACGGUUCUUCACAGAACCGGCCUUACAAUCCCCCAUCCUUUUCAUUGUCGCAGGAACUAUUGUGCAAGAGUGUGGACUCGCUAGUACUGAUCGCUACUAUAUCACCGCUGCGUCUCCAUUACAUUAUGCCAUCUCAAGCAUCGACGGUUCUUCACAGAGUCGGCACUGUGACCCUCUCACCGGAGCUACAAUCUUCUACGGAGGUUCUCGGAUUUCUUGCUAUCAAAACCCAUUGGUUGGGUUCUUCAACGUCGAUUUCGACUUAUUUGCGUUCCUUCGAACGCGGGCUGUAGGACCACAAGUGAAGCUUCUCUACGGGUCUCUUCUCUCCUUAGCCACAUCUAUUAUUUGUUAUGUCUUAGUUAUUUACGUUUAUCAGUGUAUCGUCGAGGAUUUCUCCGGUUGUAAUCGUCUUAGCCCAUUGGGACUUUAAUUUAAUAUAAGCAUUUGGAGUUAAAAAAAAAAAGACAGCGGUGGGUGGCCCAAAAGCUAUUGACCAAAAAUGAGAGGCCAUGCCCAAAACGGAAAACAAAACUGAAUAAAAGUUGCCUUUCCACUCUUAUUAUUUCUUUUUAUAAAAACAUAAUUUAAUUUACUUAUUCAUAAAUCGAAAGAGGCUACUCGCCAAGUUUCAUAUAAAUAUUUUGGACCCAAAAAAAAUAUGGUGAUGUUAAUGUGGGGUUAAUUAAGCUAAUGACUCUCCAAGGUGGAAAGAGAUUAUGGAUGUAAGAUCUGAAAUUUCUAGUGUUUGAAAGAAAAGAUUAGGCCAAAAAUAAAUUACAUGCUUAUGAUCUACUUUGAGUUUGCGGAGUUGUUGAUGUUCAAGCAAUAUUUGAAUCUUCCAGCUAAGACGACUUAAAGCUAAGUACAGUAGAAGUAAUAAAGAUCAAGGUUAGUCUGCUUAUUGGAACCACUUGAAAUGCUGCAUGCGGUUUUUUUGUGAAAUGCGAUGAAGAGGACCAAUUUUAUGUAAGCCCAGUAUGCUCAGGCCCAGCGACGAGACCCACUCCAGAUUAUGACAAAGAGAAUCAGAGUCCAAGUUCAUCAUCAGCGGUCAUCAAAGUUGUACCUGAAAGGACAAAGCAAAGCGACAAGGCACUGCCUAUACUUUACAAUAGAUUUGAUACUCUCCUAGCUGUAAAUGAGUAAGUCAUCAUGACAGCUAAGGAGAGCCUAGAUCCUUCUUUGUAUCCUAUAAGAGACACAUGACUGUAAACGUUCAUGUUAUUCAGAAAGUUAGAAAUAAAGUGAAAGUUAUCUUGUUUUUAGUUUAUUCAUAUGGUAUCAGAGCCUCUCUAGUACCUUCACAGGUCUAUCAAUGGCGACUGCACCACCUUACCCUUUUCCCACCAACGUCCACAUCUUAAGCUGUGUCACCUUGAAGCUUAAUGAUGCCAAUUAUCUUCUGUGGAAGACUCAGUUUGAGUCACUUGUGUCGAGUCAGAAGCUGAUCGGAUUCAUCAAUGGAGCUGUCACCGCUCCAAAUGCUACCAGUCCGCAGUAAGAGUCUUGGUUUUGCACAGAUCAACUUGUGAAGUCUUGGUUGUUUGGCACGCUAUCGGAAGAAGUACUCGACUACGUUCACAAUCUAGCAACGUCUCGAGAUGUAUGGAUGUGCUUAGCUGAGAAUUUCAACAAGAGUUCACUAGCCAGAGAAUACUCCUUACGAAGCCUACAGCUUCUCACCAACAAAGGCAAGACCUUUGCUGUCUACACAAGAGAGUUCAAGACGAUAGGCGACGCUUUGAGCUCUAUUGGCAAACCAGUUGAUGAGUCUCUCAAGAUCUUCGGUUUCCUCAAUGGUCUUGGACGAGAGUACGAUCCCAUCACUACUAUCAUUCAGUCUUCUCUGUCCAAGACACCACAACCAACGUUCAAUGAUGUCAUCUCAGACAUUCAGAGUUUUGACUCGCGCCUCUAGUCUUAUGAAGAUUCGCUUGCUGUCAAUCCCACCGCAGCUUUCAACACUCAACGUACUGACUACAACGAUCAGUAUAGGAACUACAAUCAGAGAGGAAGAGGUAGAUCAAGCUUUAACAGAGGCAGAUGAGGCUACUCAAGCAGAGGAAGAGGUUUCUCCCAGCAAAACAACAAUGCCAGUACUGGUGAGAGACCAACAUGUCAGAUUUGUGGUAGAGUAGGACACACCGCUCUCAAGUGCUACAACAGGUUCGAUAAUAACUAUCAACUUGCUGCGUAUGCUACCAUGAGGAACUCAGAUGAAACAGGAAAAGAGUGGUAUCCAGACUCCGGUGCCUCCGUAUGAAGGCAAUGACACAGUCAUGGUUGGUGACGGCACGUUCCUCCCAAUAACGCAUGUUGGCUCUACAACUCUCACCACUUCCUCAGGUACUCUCUCACUAAAUGAAGUCCUUAUUUUCCCGGCUAUUAAGAAGUCUCUGUUAUCAGUAUCUAAAGUCUGUGAUGAUCACCCUUGUGGAGUUUACUUUGACGCUAACAAAGUCUGCAUUAUUGAUAUACCAACUCAGAAAGUGGUGGCCAAAGGUCCUAAGCGUAAUGGUCUCUAUAUGUUGGAAAGUCAGGAGUUCGUUACCUUCUUCUCAAAUAGGCAGUGCUCAGUGAGUGAAGACAUAUGGCAUUGCAGACUGGGUCAUGCGAACUCCAAGCUUCUCCAACAUCUACAUAACAGCAAGGAGAUAUAUAUCAAUAAGAGCAGAACUACCUCCGUUUGUGAGCGUUGCCAGAUGGGGAAGAGUAGUAAACUUCAGUUUUUUUCUUCUAGUUCUAGAGUAGAGAAACCCCUAGAGAAGAUACAUUGUGAUCUAUGGGGUUCUUCACCAGUUGUAUCAAACCAAGGGUUCAAAUAUUAUGCAGUUUUUGUUGAUGAAUACUCUAGAUACACAUGGUUCUACCCUAUGAAACUGAAGUAUGACUUCUACUCUAUC